AUGGCCGGCGCGCUGCGGAUCGAUGAUGUGGCAUCUAUGCCGGCGGCAGCCGUCGGCAUAGGUGGUGGUCGUGUCUCCUCCUACUUCGCCGCGCGCACCGCCGCCGACCUCCCCAUGGAGCUCGGCCUGCCCACUGCCUUCGUGCUCAUCCUCUACUGGAUGGGCGGCCUCGACCCGCGCCCGACUUCCUUCCUGCUCUCCCUCCUCGUCGUCCUCUACAGCGUGCUCGUCGCCCAGAGCCUCGGCCUCGCCGUGGGAGCCGUGUUCAUGGACGUCAAGCAGGGCACCACGCUCGCCUCCGUCAUCACCAUGGUCUUCCUCAUCGCCGGCGGCUACUACGUGCAGCACAUCCCGCCAUUCAUCGGAUGGCUCAAGUGGCUCAACUACAGCUUCUACUGCUACCGCCUCCUCCUCGGCAUCCAGUUCCGCGAUGGCGGCGGCCUCUACAACUGCGGCGGCGGCGCGCUCUGCCCCGUUGCCGACUUCCCCGCCAUCAAGGCCGUCGGGCUCAACAACCACUGGGUGGACGUCUGCGUCAUGGCGCUCCUCCUCGUCGGCUACCGGGUCGUCGCCUACCUUGCCUUGGACCGCCUGCAGCCGAGGUGAUUC